GGAGACACCACGGCUACUGUGCGCCGUGCUCAGCCCGGGAUGUGACAUGACCUGUCCGAGUAAGGUUUGAAAUAAGAAAAAAGCUUCUUACAUCCUGAAGGAAAGAUCUGGACUCCUCCUCGCUCACUCUGACUUUUACUGAAGUAGCUGCAGACUGUCAGCAGGCACCUUGUGAGUUUCUAAGAAGUGGACAGGCUGCUGUUUUCUUUCUGCUCGACUCAGCCAAGUGUCUGCUGCUGUCGGACCUCUCGUUUCUCCAAUAAGAUGCCAUGGGCUUUGUUGUCCAAUUCAUUAGAGAGAUUCCUGAGUCCACUGGCCACGCUGGAGCCCUCUCAUUUCUGGCUGCUGAAUAGAAUGGCCGCUGAUGACCGGCACCUACCCUCCAGUUGUGGGUCCUACAUCAAGACGGAGCCAUCCAGUCCCUCCUCGGUCAUCGACACGGUCAGCCACCACAGUCCCAGCGGCAACUCAGACGCCAGCGGCGGCUAUGUCAGCACCAUGAACAGCCACUCCAAUGGUCUGGACUCUCCACCCAUGUUCACCCCCAACGGGCUUGGCGCCGGCUCCUGCCGCAAGCGCUACGACGACUGUUCCAGCACCAUCAUGGAGGACUCAUCCAUAAAGUGCGAAUACAUGUUGAACUCCCUCCCCAAGAGGCUGUGCUUGGUCUGUGGAGAUAUAGCCUCGGGGUAUCACUAUGGGGUGGCCUCUUGUGAGGCCUGCAAAGCCUUUUUUAAAAGGACAAUACAAGGUAACAUAGAGUACAGCUGUCCCGCCACAAAUGAGUGUGAGAUCACAAAACGGAGACGCAAAUCAUGUCAGGCUUGUCGCUUCAUGAAAUGCCUCAAAGUGGGGAUGCUCAAAGAAGGUAAGAAGAGGGUUCGUCUGGACCGUGUGCGAGGGGGCAGACAGAAGUACAAGCGGAGGUUGGACACAGAAAACAACCCAUACCUGGGCUUGACGCUCCCCCCUCCCACCAAAAAACCUCUCACAAAGAUAGUGUCUCACCUGUUGGUGGCAGAGCCGGAGAAAAUCUACGCCAUGCCUGACCCCACUAUGCCAGAGAGUGACAUCAAGGCUCUGACCACGCUGUGCGACCUGGCUGACCGUGAGCUGGUGGUCAUCAUCGGCUGGGCCAAACACAUCCCAGGUUUCUCCUCUCUCUCUCUGGGUGAUCAGAUGAGUUUGCUGCAAAGCGCCUGGAUGGAGAUCCUCAUCCUAAGCAUCGUGUUCCGCUCUCUGCCGUACGAGGACGAGCUGGUGUACGCCGAGGACUACAUCAUGGACGAGGAGCACUCGCGGCUGACAGGUCUGCUCGACCUUUACGUCUCCAUCCUUCAGCUGGUCCGCAAGUGCAAGAAGCUCAAAGUGGAGAAGGAGGAGUUUGUCACCCUGAAGGCUAUCGCUCUCGCCAACUCAGACUCCAUGCACAUAGAGGACAUGGAGGCAGUCCAGAAGCUCCAGGACGCUCUGCACGAGGCCCUGCAGGACUACGAGAGCAGCCAGCACCAGGAGGAUCCUCGGCGGGCGGGCAAGCUGCUCAUGACGCUGCCUCUGCUGCGGCAGACGGCCACAAAGGCUGUGCAGCACUUUUACAGCAUCAAGGUGCAGGGCAAAGUGCCCAUGCACAAACUCUUCCUGGAGAUGCUGGAGGCCAAGGUCUGAUCUACGAGGGGGGGCACAAAGAGAUGUUAACAAAGCCAGGAGAGGGAGACCCCUCUACUGACUGAGCUGGCUGGAGAAACUGACCUCCCUCCCCCUCCUGGAACAUGGGACAGUGAAUAAAAAAGAACAAAACUUGGUUAUUAGUAUAAAUAUAAAAAUGAUGCAGAUUAAUUUAAAAUAUAUAAGAAAUACUAUGUACAGUAAUAAUUUUUUUGGUUUUUGUUAAUUGUCAGUGGUCAUGCUGUAUAUGAAGAAGGACCCUGCUGCCCCUCAGCAUCUUCAGAACAAGUAGUUGCCAGAUCUUGAUAAAAGAAAAAGCCUUUCUUUGUAAGCUGUUCUGAAGACGGCCGAGGUGUCGACAUCCACAGACUUGUGUGUCUCCCAUCUGUCUUUCUGCCUGGACUUGACCAGGACAUGUAAAUAUUUAUUGAUGGAAGACUGAGUGUACAGUUUAAAGUCUGGUGACCUCGGUGGCCAUUUUCUCUUGUUCUCCUCCUGGAAAAAAAAAACGACAUAAAUGUGAACUCUUAUCAGUUUAAAUGUACUUGGAUAUACCUCUCAGAGCAGUAAGCCGUGUGAUCUUGUGGAUCUGUCUCACACUGGAAGACUUGCUGGUCCCAUGUUUAACCAAACUAGCAUAGGCAGGUACAGUUAGUCUGUCGUCUUAUUCUGUAAUGACUCGGCAAUAAAGGGAGCUGUGGGGGGUUUAAACUCAGAUCCUUCAUGUGCUUUUUAAUGCUGCUGUUGCUGUCAAACCAGCCUGACACACCACUGCACUGCUGUCACUCUCUCCUCCUCUCCUUGCUGUUCUUGCGACCCAUUGAACUCCAAAUUUGGUCAUUGUUAAAGCUGGGGAAAUUGCCUCUUGGCAUGCAAAUAGAUGGCCCUGAUUCAGGCUAGGUGAAAGAUGAUCAGCAGGUCUGGUGUUGCUGGUAUCAAAGGAUUUAUGCCGUGUGGCACACGUCCAGGAGAUUCCAUGUUCAAACAAUCAGAGGCCCAUAUGUCAGCCGCUCUAUUUUGGGGCCCUUUAAGCCCAUGGCAGAGUCAUCCCACACACAGGGAGCAAGGUGCCCAGCAUCUGCUCUCACCAUUUUAGACACCUCCCUUCUUUUAAUAGCUACGCCCACGUUUAUAGAGCUUCAACCAAACGGAGGUAAACGGCAGGUGCAGAGUGAGGCUGGUGGCACUUCACGCUGGGUUUAUUUUUAACCCAACAGGAGAUUGUUGUCUGCACAGCCUCCCUCUAGGAGUACAGUAGACACGUGGAUCACUUCUUCUUGACCUCAUGUUGACACAGCGGCCGGUGCAGAGCGGGUAACACCCUCCACUCUGGCCAGGAGGCAGGUAGGCAUCUGCGAGGAGAGCCGGAGCGUGCACAUGUGAAUAGCUAUGCAAGAAAUCAAGUGUCAGCAGCAGUACAACAGUGUGUCAGUACAAGGUGUGAUCUCUGGUGGGAGACACAGAUCUCCCCUCUGUGUUUAGCUCUAUGUCCACUGCACUGGGUGUGAGUAACACUGGAGUCCACUGCGCUCGUCUCCGUGUGAGGGGGAAUGCUUAUACUACUGAAGGAUUUUAUGUGAUGUGAUAAAUUGUGGCGCUGUCACAACAAUAUGAUACUGUCAUCAAAGGAAUCCCUGACAUUGCAGUAGGAUCGAGUUGCCGCCAUGCUUUUGAUAUCAAUGGUUAGCACUCAUCCUGCUGCCUGAUUGGCCACACAACACAGGGUGCUUUGACCCACUCCAGCACCCGAUUAUCCCAACUUAAACUAGCAGCUGUCCAAGCUUCACUGUAGAGGGUGAUGAGGAGUUAUUUUACUGUUGUGCAAUACAACAGGGACCAAUUCUGACUGAAACCAUGCUAUGAGCAUGCUUUGACUUAGAUUUGGGAGAAGUUCUGUGACAUAUUUGAUCUCUAAUCAGAAACAUGUUGAUUUGCUCUGAGAUUAAAAGUGUGCUUGUUUCAAUAAAAGUACAAAAUAAAUGAAGUUUUGCAUAAAAUCUUUACACUUAGACUUUUGUAGCCCAACACUAUCAGCCAUAAUACUCAUAAAUAACACGACUCCUCUUAUCUCACUUUUUUCUAUUUACCUUGCAAUACGACACUGUGUCAAGUAAAAGAGAACAUGUCUUACAUUACAAGCUGUCUGUAAAUAUAUAAGCGUUGAUACAGUAGGUUGCCGAAGUACCAUUGAAAAUAAAGUAUGCAGCGCCCUGCUGACUACUACCUCAUUAUCAUAAUGUCAAUAUUUCUCUGAUUGAACACUCUUUAUCAUCCUCACAUGUGUGACAUACCUGAGCCAUCCAUGUUUUUAGCCCACACGCCGCUCCUCCCUCAGUGCUCCUGCCAAAACAUUUGUAAAUGUACUUAUUGAUCUGUUCCCAUUCAUUCUUCAUCGAUCUGUUUGUAAAGGUAAAGCAUGCUUCACAUCCAUCACGUGACUCGACCAUCAGUGAGUGUGACCCCCCCCCCCCCCCGUCCCUUCCUCCCCUUUUUGGUUACAAAGUGGGUAUGUGUUUUUAUGAACAUCAGUGUGUCAGAAUUGGUCCCUCGAUGAUAAAUUGCAGACAGGAGCAGGUGACUGAUCUCCUGCGUCUGUGCUCUGAGUAUUUAUGGUGUGAAAUAUAUCAUUUGGCAAUGGU